CGCAUACAAACCUUCUUAUGGUCUUACUAAAAUCCUAUCAACAUACUGAUAUAUUUUAUGCUGAUCUAAUAUGAAUUUGAAAAGUCAAAGUAUUAAAUGGAAAUUUUGAAUUGAUAACUAUCUAAUAAAACUAGGUUUACGAUGGAUUUGAUUGAUACUUGUUAUUUUAUCCACUGAAAUAUUGUUAUUCUAAUUUCGAAAGCACCAUCAAAUGAAGAGAGAAUACCAUAAAUUAAAGAAACUUGAAAUCUGAAACACUAAUGUCAAUAAAUUUGCAGCAUUAACAUGAAAUUUGUAAUAUAGUUUCCUUGAAUUCAUCAACAACGUCAAUAUGACUGGAUUUUAGUAGAGUAACCAGUUAUGUGUAAGAUGUGUUCUUCUUCGAAUAUAUUAGUUCUUGUUUUACAAGGAAGAAAUAUCAUCUUUUUUUAUUGACAGAAAAGCUUCUCUCAAAAUGAUUUUUAGUACUCCUGCAGCACUAGAGAAACGAAAGGAAUAUCAUCUCAUCAUAGGAUAUCGUAGAUCAUCAUUAUAGAUUGUCUUUUAAGCAACAAUGAUCCACAUGUAUGUCAUCGUUGGACUUUAUCAAAUUUGAUUAAUAACAUUGAAGCCGAAUCAAUAAUUAAACUAAUUAAAAUUUGUAAUAGAUUAGAAAAAUUUUUGUUCUAAAGUAGAGCAUGACAAUGAAAAAAAAAAGAUUUUAACCUUUUUUUUUCGAUGCAUAUAAAUAACCAUAUAAAUCAUAGUUUUAGUGAAAUUUACAUGAAAAAUAAUCAUUUUCAGCACCAAUCUGAUCUAUCCUUCACGCAUAACAGACAAAAGUUUAAAUGAAAAUUUAAAAUCUAUUUUCGAAAUGCUUUAGAGUUAUUAAGCUCAUCCUAUUGAACAAUUUUAGUAUUAAGGGCGCCUCUAAAUUCUUCAUAGAUUUGAUAAAAGUUGAGUUUUAGUGUGCCCGACUAAAUUUGAUGAGAUUAUACAUUUAUUCCACAAGUGCAAGGACGAUUAUACAAUUAUUCCAUAUGAGGUAAAUGUAUACAGUUUUAUAGAGAAAACUUUAAGCAAUCGAUUAGUAAAAACAAUCAGAAAAAGAAAACAAGUACCAAUCGUUGAAAAAUUAGGAUUUAAAAAAUAUAUCAGAAAUGUUUGAUAUUAAACAUUCUCUCAAUGACAUCAGCAAGAUUAUACAUUUUAUCUAAACAGGGUAAAUGUAUAAUCGAAAACUACUGUUCAAAGAAUACUUUGUAAAUAGGUGUGCUUAUAAGAUUGUGAGAAAAGUUUUUUACCAAUCGAUAGAGUAUGAUAGCAGAUUGGUGUUUUAUGAAGAAAAUUUAAAAAGAAAACUAAAAAAGUUAUAGUCAUUUUGCUGAAAACCAUUGCAUUGUCUUCUAUAUUUACUCCUGUUUACUCUAUAUAGAAAGAUGACAAAUAAAAUAAAUUACUUUUUAUUAUCAAUAUAGGACAAUAACAGAUAAAAAAUUAUUUUCUAUAUAUUCGCUAUAAAGACAAUACAAAUAGAUGCCUAAGCAUAUAGUAGUAUAAAAGUUAAAUAAUAUAUUAUUCUCUAUAUUAUCAAGAUACAUAAAUAAGAAAUAAAACAUUAAUAUACAAGCACAUAAUUUAGAGUAAAUCAAAUAUUAUAUCGUUUUCUAUAUUAUAUAUAUAGACAAAUAACAAAUAUAAAAAUAUUUUGUUUUAUAUUUUUAAUAUCGAAAAAUAGAAAAAUAUUCCCAGGCAUAUAGUAGAAAAAAAUUAAUUCAUAUAUUAUUUUCUAUAUUAUCAAUAUAGCAAAAUAAGGAAUACAGAAAAUAUAUGUUCCAGUAUAUAGUAGAGGAUACAUAGAAAAAAAUAUAAUUUUUCAUCUCCUGAUCGUCUUAGAAAAACUUCAACAUCGAUAUUUUUUCUGUCGAAAUAUUUUGUGAACAAAAAAAACGUUCUCUAUUAUGUGGAAAUUUCUGAGAUAUAUCUGUACUUUGACUAAUCUAUUAUACAAAGCCUUUAUUUGUGAAGUCAAAUAUGAUUUUACGAUUCCAUUAAUAGAAAACAUUGACUUGCGCAAGACAAUUUUGUGUAUUUUGUACAUUUCUUUAUAACAGAAACUAUUGAAUCAACAAUUCUCGAAUAAAACAACACGAUAGAUCAUACAGGAUCUUAUAAGAUCUGAUACGAUAUGACAUCCAUUGUUUUGACUUGAGAUAAGAUUCUUGAAAGAUCUCACCAUCGCAUGAGAUUUCAUAUAAUCUUAUAGUGAUAUCUUACAAGGUAGUAAGAUCUCUAAGACUGCGAUUUUUCGUACAUUUUUUCAUACAUUUUCGUUUGGUCCAGAAGAUCUUAUAUCUGAUUUUUUGACCUGAGUUGAUACAAGUUGACAAAAAUUUAGUGAAAUCUCACCGGCAUACUCUAUGCAAAUGCUUAAGAGAUACUUCGGCAGAUCUGCAUUCAUCAUUCAGAAAAUGAUGCGAAAAGCAUCCUCAAAGAUACAUACUGAAUUCUUAAGGUUCUACAAAACCAUACAAAAUUACGUUUGAUAUUUGUUGUUCAACAUGCUCCUAACAAGAUAUAGAUAGAAUCGUCUCAGAAUUUUCCCAGUUUAGGAGUUUCACAUAGUUCAUUAUUUCAUUACUUAAAUUCUUCUCUGAUAUUCAUAUAAAUGAUCAUCCUACAAAAAGAUUCUGCUAUGUUUUUUUAUCAAAAGCUUAGAUGGAAUUAGGAUCACUCUUUCUUUGAGGAGCUCCUUACAGCAAUCUCCAGGUGUUAUUUUUACGAUCGAAAAGAUCUUGUCAAGAACUAAAAGUGACAUAGAUGUAAGAAUCGUUACCAAAUCCUUUUUUUCUCAUAAGAAACUAGGAAAAGACUUCUGAAUUUUUAUCUGCGAAACGAGCAUUUUCAAAGACGAAUGUCAUAUUUUGUAGCGCUUACUCCCACAAAAGAUGAGAUCCCUUCGAUAACGAUGAUUUCUUUUCUUUUUUGUUGAUUGUAGUAAUUCCUAAUAUUCCAGUCGAUGCUCGAUGGGCACAGAAUGGGGUGACUGUUGCUGGUGGUCAUGGACAAGGCAGUGCCACCAAUCAACUCUUCCAGCCUCAUGGUCUCUUCGUUGAUGAUCAUCAAACGAUAGUCAUCGCUGACUUGAACAAUCAUCGUAUCAUCCAAUGGAAGAUGGGUGAUACGAAUGGACAGGUAGUAGCUGGUGGCAAUGGCCAAGGAAAUCGAUUGGAUCAAUUGUAUUGGCCAACCGAUGUGUUGAUUGACAAAGAGACGGAUAGUCUCAUUAUUUGUGAUCGAGGGAAUCAACGAGUUGUACGAUGGUCUCGUCGUAGUGGUACAACUCAAGGAGAAAUUCUCAUCGACAACAUCCGAUGUUGGGGAUUGGCCACGGAUGAUCAGAGAUAUCUCUACAUCUCUGACGACGAAAAAGAUGAAGUAAGCCGAUAUCAAAUAGGAGACAAGAAUGGAACUCUUGUGGCUGGUGGCAAUGGCAAAGGUGCUAGUCUCAAUCAACUCAACUUUCCGUACUACAUCUUUGUCGAUCAACAACAGACUGUCUACGUGACAGACCACGUCAAUCAUCGUGUAAUGAAAUGGAAUAAAGGUGCAAAAGAAGGAAUUAUCGUCGCUGGAGGUCAAGGCGAAGGGAAUGCUCUGACACAAUUGGCAUACCCUCAAGGACUGUUCGUCGAUACAUUGGGUACCAUCUAUGUGGCAGACUCGCAUAAUCACCGAGUGAUGCGUUGGCCUAAAGGAGCGAAACAGGGCACUGUCAUUAUGGGUGGAAAUGGUCAAGGAGCAGGAGCAAAUCAGAUCAACUCUCUCCGAGGUUUGUCCUUCGAUCGACAUGGCAAUCUCUAUGUCGUCGAGUAUGGGAAUGCUCGUGUUCAAUGUUUUUCAAUCGAAUAG